AUGAAACUUUUUGCUUUUAUCACCGCUGCUUUUGCUAGCCCUGCUGUGAAAUCAACUGGAUGCGCUGAUGGCGUUCAUCCUCAUGAAUCCGACUGCACCAAGUUCUACCAGUGUUCUCAUGGAAAUCGAUGGCCCGAUCAGAGCUGCCCAGAAGGACUUCUCUUCAACCCAGAUCUCCUCGUCUGCGACUGGCCCGAAAACGUCGAUUGUGAUAAAGAAUGCGCUGAUGGCGUCCACGCUCACGAGAGCAAAUGCGAUGCUUACUACCAGUGCUCUCACGGACACCGAUGGCCUGACCAGCCCUGUCCAGAAGGUCUCCUUUUCAACGCCGAUCUUCUCGUCUGCGACUGGCCACAGAACGUCGACUGCGGUAGCCGACAAAUUAUUUUAAUCGCUGCAAGUGUUGGAGGAGCUUAUGCGUUGCCAUAUGUUCUACAAAACCCUGAAAAGCUUGCGGCCUUUAUUGCACUGACACCUGCCACCGCAAAUGCUUACGGCCCCUCAACAUUCUCUCAAGUCUUGGUCCCCACAUUAUACGUCUACGGAACAAAGGAUAAGAACACGGGGAAACGAUUCAGUGAGCUUUUCGAGAAAAUGCCAAACUGCGAGAUCAUGCAGCUCGAGGGCAGUAAUCAUUUCUACACCGACUACCCGGACAAGUGGCAUGAUACACUGAGGGAAUUUCUGCAGCGCUUGACCCUUCUAAGCGAGACGAGAUAA